UUUGCUCUCUCAUUCGGCGUUUUUCUUUGUGACUGUGUGGACUUUCUUACUCGUACGGCAAAAACUCCAGCAACCCAGCGACUUUCUCAACAAAGCUACUAAAGAGGAAACUGCGUUUGCAAUAAAUUUUAAAGUUCAGCAGUUCUUUUACAUUUUUUACUGAUAUUCGAGUCGUGCUUGGUGAUACCAAAUCCCUCAAUUACAACUUGUUUCCUUGCUUCGCCUUCGAAAAGUAAAAUCCAACAGUAAUUCAAAAUGGCUGAUGUGGCUGAUCAAAAAAAUGAGACCCCUGUCGUCGAGAAGGUCGCAGCUGAGGAAGUCGAUGCUGUGAAGAAAGAUGCAGUGGUCGCCGAGGAGGUAGCAGUUGAGAAGACAACCACCACAGAAAACGGUGCCGCCGAAGAGGAGAGCGUAACCAAGGAAAACGGAGCCGGGGCCGCUGACAGCACCGCGACCGAGGCCGCCGAUGUAGUCGAUGGUGAAAAGGCGACCGAGCCUACUGCUUCUAUCGCUGACGAUAAGGAUGAGAAGAAAGAGGAUAAAAAGGAGGAUUCCGCAGCCGAUGGGGAGGAGACCAAGAAAGAGAGCAGCGAAGCAGUUCUACCUGCUGUUGAGAAUGGCUCCGUGGAGGUCACUAACGGUGACUCAACAGACGCUCCCGCCAUUGAGGCUGUAAAGCGGAAGGUGGAUGAGGCUGCAGCCAAGGCCGACGAGUCUGUCGCCACGCCGGAGAAAAAGGCGAAGCUUGACGAGUCCAGCACAAAAGAUGAGGUGCAGAACGGGGCCGAGGCUAGCGAAGUGGCCGCCUAAGGGAUUCGCCAGCGGAGCAGUACACUCAGUAAUCUACUUAUUAAAUACUUACUAACACAACAAAAAAGCAAAUCACACAAAUUACGGUUCUACCGCCAGGAACCCGCACCGUAUCCAUCCUCCGCUCUUGUGAGCGGGUGAUACGUGGGUGGCUGCUUGGGUGGCGGGAGCAAUUCUCCAAUCCUGCAAUGGGACCGUAGUUUUAUAGCGUACCGAUUCUCUCUGUCUCUACUAACAAACAACCUACCAACCAACAAUAACGGCAACAAACGAAAAAAACAAAAAAAUCCAUUACCAUAUAAAAACUUACUUAAAAUCAUAACUUUAAAGCAAAGUAUAUAUAUAUAAAGCGAAGGAUUAAGAGAACAAGUUAAGCAAAAUUAAGAUGCGAGACCCUCUAUGUUUUAAGAAUAAAAGUUGUAAACAAAAAGCGUCAAAUUUAAUUGUAAAAAAAUACGAAGCGAAUGAAACAAAUUGCAAACAAAAUCUUUAAUUAAGAAAACAUCAAAACAUUAAAGGCAAAAUAAAUUACGUAAUCUUUUAGAAUUUUUAAUUUUACAACCGUACCCAAUUUUGAGUAUUUGAGUAUUAAUAUUUAUAUCGAACAAGUAAAAUUACAAAUUCAGUAAAAUAUACAAAAAACUGCCAGCAAAACCCCAGAAAUGUAUGCCAACCGGCUAAAAAAAAAGGAAUACAACAUAGAAACAAUAAAAAAGAAAAACUAUUUAAUUCAAA